GUGACAAGUUUUCUGUGCUUCUAUUAUUCACUCUUUACUUUUUUUUUGAAAAUGGAUAAUCUGAAUAAUUAUAAGCUGGACGACUCUUCAUCGUCGAGCAAUGGAAUCUCCGAGGAGAACGAUAUCAAUGAAUUGAAGGCCCAAAUGGACUCUGUGCAGGAGCGCACAAUGAAUAUGGAAGCUUUAAAUGCGACUGUCCAGCAGGUGUGCGAAGAAAAUUCUGGACAGGCGACAAUGGCUCAAGUGAUGGAGAAUCAGCCACGUGGCGAUAUUUCGCAGCAUUUCUUCGCCACGUUGAUGAUGGCAGGGGCAAAGAAGGUUAAGCUCGUCGGCCAGCGGGGACAACUACUUGAACCCCACGAGCUGAGCGUGGAGCUACAACAACCACCACCGGAAGAAGACUGAAGAGACCUAUACAAUUCUACAUUGUAUUAAAAAUUACACACAGACACAUACACAUCCAUAACUAUUAUACAACAAACACAUAACACACAACAAACAACUAGUCAAACGUUUAAUAAAUU